UUACCAACUAAGUAACAAAUUGAAUUGUUGAGGUUGUGAAAAAUUUCUAAAUAUUAAUAUAAGAUUUUAAUUAAAACAGAACAUAAAUAACACUACAUAUUAUGUUCCCAUAUAUCCUAUAAAUACUUUAACAAAAGUUAGAUGUUAUUUUUACUAUAAUAUAUUGUUCGUUAUGGAUGGUGUCUCCAUGAAUCACUAUGAAAAACAGCUGUACAGUGUGUUCAAAACCUUCGACAUAAAUAACGAAGAAGCCUUAGAUAGAUCUGCUGUUCUUGAGUUAUGUGACGCGUUACAGCUUGAGGAUCGAGGAGCUACACUAGUUGACACGCUAUUCGACGGGCGGCAUGACCGUGUCACCUUCACUCACUUUCGCAACGGGCUACUCUCUGUACUUGGCGGCGAGGGUCCUUCACCGGCACCCAGCACCCGACCAGCAGUAUCUACACCACCGCAAAGUGACGACGAUUCUUCAGGCCGAGAAGUUGCUCCGAAAUUCACCUUUGGAUUGAAAAAAUAUGGUCGUCGAUCGCGACCACAACGGAUAGAUUCAAACGUGUCUCCGCGACAUCGUGUGGCUUCCGAGUCGCGUUUAGAUGUCGAACGUUCUAAACAACGUAUGAAGUGUAAACGAAGCUCUUCAGCUAUGGAAAGUCGCAUUGACUUACGUCUCGAUGAUGAAGACGCUCCAAAGCUGGACCAUGAGCAGCGCGUCGACACAGAUCGAGCUCUAAAGCUUUGCCAAAGCUUGGAAAUGCAUGGUGUGAAUAGAAAGCUUAUUCAACAAGUAUUUGAUUCAUCAAAAACUGAUGAAAUGAGUUUAGGUGAAUUUUUUGAUAGACUUAAUGUAUCUCUCCAGACAACAAUUGAUAGUAGCCUUAAUGAAAGUAUUUCUGAUGUAAGCACAUGUAUAGAUAAUGAUACUGUCCCUAGUGAUGUAAUUGUAGAGGCCUGGGAGAGAGCAGGAGUUCAGAAGCCUAGAAGACUGCUUCAAGAAUUAGGCUUCACAAUAGCUGCUAUUGAACCCAGAGAUCUUGAACAAUCACUUGAUGAAGAAAUACAAGCUUUGGGAUUCCCAUCAGAGAUUUCAGAACCACGAUCUUUAUUGUUAUUAGCUUCCAAUACAUUGAGCAGACUUCAAAUAGAAAGAAUUCGUAGUAAAUUUGAAAUGGUUGUUGCUGAACGCAACAAACUGAGAUCUGACCUUUCGGAAGCUAAUCGGCGAGCAAGGAUGUUAGCACAAGAUGUUGAUGAGAACCAUGCGCAGAUAGAAGCAGAGCUAAAAAAUAGAAUGAAGGCAAUGGAAUUGAAACACGCUGAAAUGUCGCGAUUGGCUGCUGAAGAAGCUGCAGCAGAGCGCGAACGGGCAUCACGCGAGUCCAGUCGUCUGGCUGCAGAUAUCGCGCGCCGCGUUGAUCUCGAGGCACAGCUGCGGAUAGAUCUAGCAACCCGCACACAACGUUGCCAAGAUCUGGAGGAACGAAUCAGUGAGUGUGAAAAUCGUCAUAAUGAAAUCGAGCGUGAAGGAGCCCGAGCAUUGGAAGAAGCCCGAGUUGCCGCCCAACGCGAAGCGGAACGCGCAGAGAGAGAACACGCUGCCGCCGAGCAGUGUGCUGAACGUCUUGCUGAACUGCGUGCCGACAACGCUCGCCUUAGAGACCGUGUCGACGAGUUGGCUGCCGCGCUUGAGGCUGCUGCCCGUGCCCCCCGCCCAUCAUCAGCUCCUACCAGUCCUUUAACCCUCAAUACGCUUCAGCGUGAAUGCUCAGUUGAGGAUGGACAUAUAGAAAUGCGUAGGCCAUCUCAGGAGCUUCUAGGUGAACUCAAGAUGUUGUCUACAGAAAAUGCAAGCUGUGAGCAUUGUUGUGGGCAGUGGGAGAGAGUGGGAGCACUAUGCGCGGUCCCAAGUGCCCCAGAUGAUGAACUGGCCCAACUGAGGGCAUCACAUGAGGCUGAAAUAUCGAAUCUCAAGAGUAUAAUCACGGAGCUGGAAGGUAGCUUGGAUGCGAUGCGCGGUGAGUACGAGCGCUGCGAAGAAUAUUGGGCAGCGAGGCUGCAGCGCGAACGGGACGAACAGCGCGCUGCUGAUGAACUGCUGGCGGAGUUGGCGGAUAAGGUGGCGGCCUAUGAGCGCCAGUUCGCGUCUUCGUCGCGCGUAGCGCCACCGGCUCUGCCGGCCGUGCCAGAGACAGUACUGGAAGACCAGUACGCACAGCUGGAGGCCGAGAUGCAACAGCUGCGGGAGGAGACCGAUGCUCGCCUUGCGCGACAGGCAGAAGAUCUAUCGCAGAAAUCCCAGCGCAUAGAGGAGUUGCAGCAGUGUGCUGAUCAGCUCCAACAGCAGCUGCAGAGACCACGCCCCAGACCCUGCACUGACCUUGACGUGCAGCGGUACCAGCCGGCGUGUGGAUGCGGUGGAGCAACGGCAGGAGCGGCUUUACGGGCGCGAGCAGCACGGGCAGAACGGGCAGCGCAGAGGCUCCACGCGCGCCUCGCCGCCGCCGACCUGCUUGUCAAAGACCUGUACAUCGAAAACUGCCGCUUGGCGCAUCUGCCCCAUCUGCCCCCCCUUCCUCCCCUGCCCCGCUUGCCCUGACCCUCUAGGCUGGCCUCAUGCAAUAGUUCCUGCGAGACUUGGCACCCACCCGUGUCACUUACGACGCGUGCCUGACGUGUCCCUCGUUUGUCACGUAAUAUUUUUUGUUUACUUAAGUUUUUUCCAUAAGGAAUCGGAAGAAUACUAAAAGUAAUCGGUGGGCUAUGUGUAUUGUGAUGUAUUAUAUGCAAUUUUUUUUACAUAAUCGUAUGUAUAUAUUUACAAACAUUCAAUGGUUAACUAAUGCAGUGUUUCGCUCAGAUCACUCAAAGACUGAAUAUUAGAGAAUUGUUUUUAUUAUUGAAAUCUAUAUCGCCGGACAUUCUUAAACCUAUGAUGAUUAUGUUAUAUAUUAAUGGUUAUUCCUAUGACAUGUAAAUAAAUGACAAGUGCCUUUUAAAUAAUAUUUUUUUGUAUAUAAAUUAUGUAAGUCGCCGCUGGCGCCGGGGGAGUGAGAUAAUAAUGUCCGUAAUUAAUUCCUUGGUUCGUUUUUAGAACUACGAUAAUCGAGCUUUUCGUUAUCCUAUUUUUAGUGAUUACAAUACAUUAGCACUUAGUUUAAUGAAAUAUGUGAUCAUAUAUUAAAGACAUUUGAUUUAGAAAUUAUCUCGUUUUUGAUGAUAGGCAACUUAGGAUUAGGCAGAAAUGGAGUCAUGUAGAAAUGUUUUUAAAUUCUUCACGACUCAAUAUAUAACCCCGUUAAGCAUUUACGUUAAGAAUGACAGAAUUACCAGUGCGACAUAUUUUUCUUAUGUAAUUGUCAAAUUAAUUUACUUUUAAGAAUUCCUCUAUUUUAGAUCUAAGAUUCAAAGACAUUAAGUGUGACAUACACUCCAAUCUGUCAAGUAGAGAUAACUUUGCACUUAACGUGUCUCUGACUCUUAGACUAAGAUUCAGAGACAAGCCAUAAGCAAAUUCUUUGUCUGUCAAAAUCCUGUAACUAUUUGACAGAUAAGGCUUAAACUUGUCUCUGAAUAGACUUGGGAUAGAUAAUUAUGCAUUUUGUCCUCUCUUAUAAUCAAUAUGACAUAAUAAUAAAUCCAUUGUUUCGUUUAAUUAGUCUUUAUACUUUCGGCGAUACUUUCGUUAAGUAAUAAAUUCCAAUGUUCGAGUGAUUUUCUUGUGAUCGAUAAAUUUAUAAAAUUCUACCAAUAAACAUGUUGAUUGUAUAUAA